AUGAAACCUGACGGAGUCACACCUUGCCUGGAAGUAAUUGAAAACGAAGUCAGAAAUCUUGUCACAAUCAUGCAAGCAGGCAUCAAUACAGUGGAUCUUUCUCCAAAUCCGAACAAGCGCAUCAUUACAGGUGUAAAAUGUGGCGAGGAGAAGAGCUUCGAAUGCAGUGGUUUUCUGGAGAAAUGGGUGUCGCGUGAUAUUGGCGAAUUCCAGCACAUUCGAGAUAGUAUUGUUGCAAACAAGGUGGGUCAGCUGAUUGCUGAUGUGAUUACGUACACGACUGGCGACCUGAAAAGCACCGCUCGUGAUCUGGUCAAGAUCAGAGAUUACAUGCUACAAGGGAAAUACUUCCAGGUUUGUGACCUUCAGGGGUUUUUCCUGAAAAAGGGAGGUUUCAAAGUAAAUGAUGUU